GAGAAAUGGCGACUUCAUGUUCAUCAAGUAUGACUAUGGCGUUUCAAGUGAGUUGCUCUGUUAAGAACAAGAAGCCCUCAGUUGUCCUAGACAAUAUCGAGUACUUCAAGACCACACUCUCCUCGGCCAUCUCGAAGCAGCCGUUAUUGAGAAGAUUAAUGCAACAAGGUCCCAUGCAUAUAGAUGUCUCAAAACUCUUCCAGAACGCUUCUGCAAAAUUGUUGGACACCUUUGUGGAUUCGGUGUUUGAAUUCAUUGAUCAACCAUUGCUUCCAUCUCAGAAAAACUUCGCCCCAGUUGAUGAAUUGGAAGGAGAAGGAGUUGUGAUAAAGAGCAUCAUCGGGAGAAUUCCAGAUGACUUUACAGAGGGAGUCUACAUAAGAAAUGGACCAAACCCUUUAUUUGGAGGAUUGAAAUCGACGAAAUCGGUGUUUGGAAGGUCAAGUCACAUAUGGAUAGAAGGAGAAGGCAUGCUUCAUGCUCUGUAUUUUAUGAAGAACGACGUAGUCAGCAGUGAUGGUUGCAGAUGGACGGUCCGGUACAACAACAGACAUGUCGAAACCGAAACUUACAAGCUUGAAAAACAAAGAAACAAGCCUUCUUUUCUCCCGGCCAUUGGUGGCGACUCGCCGGCCAUUUUGUCUGCUUAUCUACUCAAUUUGUUGAGGUUUGGAAAAGUGAACAAGUACUUGAGCAACACCAAUGUGUUUGAGCAUUCGGGGAAGUUCUACUCGGUUGCAGAGAAUCACAUACCACAAGAGAUUGAUAUCCUUACACUAGAAACGUUAGGCAAUUGGGAUGUCUCUGGAGCUUGGAACAGACCUUUUAUCAGCCACCCGAAGAGAGCUCCAGGCACAGGGGAGCUGGUCAUGAUGGGAGUGGACGCGGUUGAACCUUUUUGGGAAGUAGGAGUAGUUUCUGCUGAUGGCAAAGAGUUAAUCCACAAGGCGGAUCUCAAACUCAAUAGGUGCAGCAUUUGCCAUGAAAUAGGAGUUACAGAAAGGUACAAUGUGAUCAUGGAUAUUGCGCUAACUAUAAACAUAAAGAGACUCGUAGGAGGAGGCCCAUUGGUAAAGUAUAAUGAGGAAGAAUAUGCAAGAAUUGGUGUAAUGCCUCGCUAUGGAGACGCAAGUUCAGUCCGGUGGUUUAAAGUUGAACCCAACUGCACAUUUCACAUCAUCAAUAGUUUUGAAGCUGGUGAAGAGGUUGUAGUGUGGGGUUGUAAAGCUCUUGACUCAGUUAUAGGUCCAAGUAAUGAAUGUAGUAGUGAUAAUGAGGGCACCUCAACGGCAGAGGAUGCUAGUAAAUUAUACUCUCAUGCUUAUGAAUGGAGAUUAAACAUGGAGAGUGGAGAAGUAAGGGAGAGAUAUCUCACUGGCAAAAACAUUUCUAUGGAUUUUCCAAUGAUCAAUGGAAGCUUUACCGGCCUUAAAAACGGAUUCGGGUAUGCUCAAGUUGUCGAUUCAGUUGCGAGCUCGACUUCGGGGUCGCUCAAGUAUAGUGGUAUAGCUAAGCUACAUUUUGAAGAGCCUGCUGAGAGAGAAGGGGGAUUAGAAAAUGAGGAAAUAAAGGUAGAAAGACAUAUGUUUGAGGAGAACACCUUUUGUAGCGGAGCUGCAUUUGUCCCAAAGCAAAGUGAUAGUAGUAGGGCUGGUACUAGUUUUGAAGAAGUAGAAGAAGAUGAUGGAUGGGUUAUUACUUUUGUUCACAAUGAAGAUACCAAUAUAUCUCAAGUUUAUGUUAUUGACACCAAGGAGUUUUGCAGUGAACCUGUUGCCAAAAUUGCGUUACCCUGCAGAGUUCCAUAUGGAUUUCAUGGAGCUUUCAUGCCAACUUCAACGAACACCUAA